AUGAGAGGAGUGAACCGUGACAAUGUGUCGGUUUCGGGGCGGAAAGUUAGGAAAGAGCACGAAACUCGCUGCCCGCCCACAGGCCCGGCAUCCUUUGAUCGCACACCGAAUACGCCUCUGGUUUCAUCUCUCCCUACCAACUCAGCAUUUGCAAACCCAGAAGAAGCGCGCGAGACUCCUCGAGGCAACAGGGGCGAUGGCAGCCAACCUUCGCCUGCCCUGAGCCAAAUCCAAAUCCAUCGUUCUGUGGAUAGGAGCUCUGCUGCCGGCAGAACAGACUAUUCUACAGCAUUCAUCAAACCUGUUUCCUGCGACCUUUCAGAAGAAGAUUGGCGCCACCUGGAAGCGAAAGGCGUCUUCUGCCUACCACCGAAAAGCCUGGAGAGCCUGAUCAUAUGUAGAUACGCGGAAUUCGUCUACCAUCUGGCGCCAGUGGUGAGCCUGCCGGAUCUGAUCCUCUCCGUGACGGGAGGCUCGUCUGGCAGGCUUUCCUUAACCCUAUACCACGCGAUUAUGUGUGCCGGGUCGGCCGCUUUGGAAGGCGAACACUUCUCCGCCUACGGAUAUCCGUCCAAAGCUGCUGCGAGGCGGGAGUAUUACACCAAGUCCAAGCUGCUUCUCGACUUAGGUGCCGAGCCAGAUCGCCUGAUUGCCUGCCAGGCGUCCCUUCUCUUGAUGAGUUGGUCGAGCCGCGAGGACUCGAAAGACCCGAUGUAUUGGGUUGGGAGUGCAAUCAAUCAUGCCUUUGCCCUCAGGCUACAGGAAGAGCAAUCUAAUACGGUUGGCCAGAGGAAAUCGGACAAUCACAGAUUGAGAAGGAGGAUAUGGUGGACCAUUGUCGUCCGAGAGUGUGAUGUGGCUAUGAAUCUUGCCCGGCCGCCUCGCCUUCGGCCCCGAGAACCUCACUUACUGAAUCAUGACGACUUCGUCGAUGAAUUGGACCUUUCCGGCAUCAACUUUGGUACCUUGGUGGGGAUCAAAAUGUUUCUCGCGGAUUUUUCGCUACAACGACAGCUUGAACGAGCGUGCAUCGAAAGGGCCAAGCUUGCAGUUCGCAUAUACGACAUCCUGCACAGAACCUCAGAGGAAGUGUUUCAGUCCUCUUCGGACUUGGCAGGGCGAAAAAGUAGGAUCUCAGAACUGGAAAACUCCCUAAGAGAUUGGAGCAGUCACCUUCCCGAGGAGCUGCGGCUUGAAAAUAUCUGCUCGGUCUCAUUCGACCUCUGCCAUCGAGCAUACCACCUGGCGUCGUGCAUGGUCCACCUGACGUACUGGAUGGCGAUCAUCGUGCUUCACAGCACCGAGAUCUCAGAACAUCGGUGGGCCACAUGCAGUCAUAAUUCCGAAAACCACGAACUUGAGGGAAACGAGAAGCGAGUCGACUGCCACGUCUACGCUCUGCGACAAGCCUCCAACAGGAUCACUACAAUCUACGGCGGUCUAAAUAGCCGCAAGCUGACCCAGUUCGUGCCUGUCACGGGGAUAGCGUCCGUGUGCUCGGCGGCAUUUGUCUACCUCCUCGACGCAAGCUCGGGCCACUCAUCGCUGGAGAAAUCCAGUCUGGAGAGCCUGGCCAUUUGCAUCGAGGCAGUGCGCCAAAUUGGUCGUAUCAACUUCACAGCCACCGCCGUAUUCAAGCGAGUAGAAGCGGCUUACUCGGCAGCGCAGAAGGCUUCGUUCCCUCCCUGGCUGAAGACGAAGCGACCGGGACCCGAGUUCGUGACCAGCACGAUCGACGAUAAUGAUGCUGUCACUACCACCGCGAACAACACUAGCGACGGCCCAUCGCUUUCGGUCGCCAAUAUAUGCUCCAGUUCCGCGGCACAAGAGCAACAAGGUGCGCACGCGGGUCUGUUGGCUUCGACCCAAGAUUUCUUCACCCUUUUCGAGUCGAACUUGCUUUUCGAAGACAGCCUUUUAUUCUUUGACUCAGAAGACCACGCGAUGCGCGAGGCCAUACCUGUGGCUGAAAGCGAAGAUGGGAACCUGGAUAAUAUGGCGUGGUCGAUGGGGCUUACAAUGGGACCUGACGUGGGCGGUGGGGGAAGUUAA